AUGUUAGAACCCCCACCAUACUCGCCCCACCCCGCGGGCUCAUCCGUAGUCACAGUAACUGAUGAUGAUACAUUGUCUCCCUCUACAGCCCCUCCCCCGGAAUAUCACACCGUCAUCCAGCAAGAUCGACCUUCUCCCGACGUUCAACCUACACCAGGUUACUUACAGGACAAUAACGAAGUUAUACACGUGGUUGCCACCUCUGAUGUCCUUCCUCCCUUACCGGAGUACCAGCGUGAAGCUGGAGCAGACUCGCCUCCUACCUACGAAUCCCUAUUCGGCCGUGUAAAAGCUGCCCAACAGUCAUCCACUUCCAACUUUGGACUGUGUAAGAGUCUGUGCCAAGUGUUUCUUAGUUCCGUCUUCUGUUUGGUACUUUUGGCUGUCUUAUCUGCUCUACCAGUGGCACAGAUCGUUAUCGGUGCGGUUUUUCUGGAUGACUGUCCUGUAGCUAAGUACAUACCCGUAUACUUAAUAGUAAUGGGUGUAGCGUGUCUCGUUAAAUUCCUGUCCAUCCUCUGUCAGAAUGUCCGUCAACGGAACAGCGAGAACGGGGCAGAACAGCAAAAAGCGCCAAGUGGAUUUGAUCAAAUAUUGAAUGUUUUUCUCCUGGUUUGGUUUAUACUUGGUAACCGGUGGGUAUAUGGAGCACAUUUCACAUCCAAUCCUGUCUCCACGAACUUUUGCCAUUCAACUGUAUAUUACUUCGCUUACUGGAGUAUAAACUCAUUCUACAUCUUAUGUGCCACAGCAUGUUUGCUUCUGUGUGUCAUGGCGUGUUUAUGUGGUGCAAACCAAAGACAAGCUUAACUCCUGUUUCACUGGACAUCAUAUAGGUGAAGUGACCGUCUAAUCUCUACAGAUAGACAAUAUACCUGUCUCACUGAAGAAUAGCCAA